UCAUAGCAAACUAACUGUACGAUGGCAAUUGAGGGGGUUUUGAGAAAUAUCUGAAAUCUGGUGGCCUUCUGCCCUCUCCCACCCUUUGAAAAAGAACUAAUGAGACAUUUGAGAAGACAGCUACGUUAAAAGAGUGUUGCAAAUGGCUUCAGACUCUGUGAAUGGGAAACAAGCUAGGAAUCACCUCACAAAGGGGAAGAGGCAGCAGCCGCAGCAGCAACUAAAGAACAGAUCUUCAGUCAGUGAUGGUGAUGGAGACGACACCUUUGUUUUUGAAGCAAAUGAAGCUUGGAAAGACUUUCAUGGUUCUCUUCUUCGAUUUUAUGAAAAUGGAGAACUCUGUGAUGUCACACUGAAGGUUGGCUCAAAGCUCAUCUCCUGUCACAAGCUAGUAUUGGCUUGUGUUAUUCCCUACUUCAGAGCCAUGUUUCUCUCCGAAAUGGCUGAAGCCAAGCAAACACUGAUUGAAAUCAGAGAUUUUGAUGGUGAUGCCAUAGAAGACUUGGUGAAGUUUGUCUAUUCUUCACGGCUCACUCUGACUGUGGACAACGUCCAGCCUCUCUUAUAUGCAGCCUGUAUUCUGCAGGUUGAACUGGUGGCUAGAGCUUGUUGUGAAUACAUGAAGUUACAUUUCCAUCCCUCCAAUUGCCUGGCCGUAAGAGCCUUUGCAGAAAGUCACAAUAGAAUAGACUUAAUGGACAUGGCGGAUCAGUAUGCCUGUGAACAUUUUACUGAAGUUGUGGAGUGUGAAGACUUUGUAAGUGUGUCACCCCAGCACCUCCAUAAGCUUCUAUCCUCCAGUGAUCUAAAUAUUGAGAAUGAAAAGCAGGUCUAUAGUGCUGCCAUCAAGUGGCUUCUUGCCAAUCCUCAGCAUCAUUCCAAAUGGUUGGAUGAAACACUUGCACAGGUUCGCCUGCCACUGUUGCCAGUUGAUUUUCUUAUGGGUGUUGUGGCAAAAGAGCAGAUUGUCAAGCAGAAUCUAAAAUGUAGAGAUUUAUUGGAUGAAGCAAGAAAUUACCACCUUCAUUUGAGUAGCAGAGCAGUGCCUGAUUUUGAAUACUCCGUUCGGACUACUCCAAGGAAGCAUACUGCUGGUGUACUGUUUUGUGUAGGCGGCCGAGGUGGGUCUGGUGACCCCUUCCGCAGCAUCGAAUGCUAUUCUAUCAACAAAAACAGUUGGUUCUUUGGACCAGAAAUGAACAACCGGAGGCGCCACGUGGGUGUGAUCUCUGUGGCAGGUAAAGUGUAUGCAGUAGGUGGACAUGAUGGAAAUGAACAUUUAGGUAGCAUGGAGAUGUUUGAUCCUCUCACUAAUAAAUGGAUGAUGAAGGCAUCAAUGAACACAAAGAGGCGAGGAAUUGCCUUGGCCUCCUUAGGAGGCCCCAUUUACGCAAUUGGAGGGUUAGAUGACAAUACUUGCUUCAAUGACGUGGAGAGAUAUGACAUAGAAUCUGAUCAGUGGAGUACGGUGGCACCAAUGAACACGCCCCGUGGCGGAGUUGGCUCUGUGGCUCUAGUGAACCACGUCUAUGCAGUGGGUGGCAAUGAUGGAGUGGCUUCCUUAUCUAGUGUGGAGAGGUAUGAUCCACAUCUGGACAAGUGGAUAGAAGUUAAAGAAAUGGGUCAGCGAAGAGCAGGCAAUGGAGUCAGUGAGCUUCAUGGCUGCUUAUACGUUGUUGGUGGUUUUGAUGAUAACUCUCCUCUGAGUUCCGUUGAGCGGUACGACCCUCGGAGCAACAAGUGGGAUUAUGUGGCAGCACUUACUACUCCCAGGGGUGGUGUGGGGAUCGCAACAGUGAUGGGCAAGAUCUUUGCGGUUGGUGGUCACAAUGGCAACGCAUACUUAAACACAGUAGAGGCGUUCGACCCAGUGCUGAAUAGGUGGGAGCUUGUUGGAUCCGUGUCUCACUGCAGAGCUGGAGCAGGUGUAGCCGUGUGUGCCUGUUUAACUAGCCAAAUUCGAGAUGUGGGUCAUGGAUCCAGUAAUGUGGUUGACUGCAUGUGAUUUGAGUUUCAGUUACCGACAAUUUGGUCAUAUCUGAAAGGCAAGAAGGAAAAUCAAGAUUUCGAUUUGACCACCUUUGAACAAUUUUAGCUACAAGUAGAGUCUUACUUAAUGUUAACUGUUGUGACUAAGUACAAUUUUUGGAAUGAUAGCUAAAGAAUUGUUAGUAAUGUUAAAUUUGAUACCUGCUGCUUUAGCAAAUAAUGGAGGAAGGAAGGAAGGCAGUUUAUCUUAAAACCAUACCUGCUCUGUGAAAUGUUUAAAGUAGUGCCAAAUCUUGAAAUCUCUCUCUGUCUCUUUUUUUAAUUUGGAUGAGUAUUACCAAAGUUUGUUGAGUAUCACCUUUUCUUUUUGCCUAGGGGUGUCAACCUCAGGCAGUGGAUUUUUCAUAUAGGAGAUGUUAAAACCUAUUCAUCAACCCGAGGACACAGAGACUAGCUCCUUUGGAAGAUCAUUUCUACUUGGUGCUGAUGAAUUUAUGCCUUGCUUUUUUUCUAGGUGAUUUUUCAACUUCUU